AUGAUGAUGGUCGCAGCAACAGAUGUGGGAAGCACCCUUGGGCUGUCGUCCUGGCUUCGCGACCUCAAGUCUGCAGAAGGGGUUGCAGCCCGAGGGCAGCGCGCGGAGAGUCGGCGAGCAGCGGGAUCCGCGAUGGUGCCCUUGAGGGCCCUGUGGCUGGCUUGGGCGCUGCUAGGAGUGGCCGGAGCGUGCCCAGAGCCGUGCGCCUGUGUGGACAAGUACGCGCACCAAUUCGCCGACUGCGCCUACAAGGAGCUGCGCGAGGUGCCGGAAGGACUACCGGCCAACGUGACCACGCUUAGUCUGUCGGCGAACAAGAUCACCGUGCUGCGGCGUGGGGCCUUCGCCAACGUCACGCAGGUCACGUCGCUGUGGCUGGCGCACAAUGAGGUGCGCACCGUGGAGCUGGGCUCGCUGGCGGUGCUGAGCCAGCUCAAGAACCUCGACCUGAGCCACAACCUCAUAUCCAGCUUCCCAUGGAGCGACCUGCGUAACCUGAGCGCUCUACAGCUACUCAAGAUGAACCACAACCGCUUGGGCUCGUUGCCCCGGGACGCACUCGGUGCACUGCCCGACCUGCGCUCCCUACGCAUCAACAACAACCGGCUUCGUACACUGGCUCCUGGCACCUUCGAUGCGCUAAGCGCGCUGUCACAUCUGCAACUCUAUCACAACCCCUUCCACUGCGGUUGCAGCCUUGUGUGGCUGCAGGCCUGGGCCGCGAGCACCCGGGUCUCCUUACCGGAGCCCGACUCCAUCGCGUGCGCCUCUCCUCCUGCUCUGCAGGGGGUGCCGGUGCACCGCCUGCCCGCCCUGUCCUGUGUACCUCCCAGUGUGCAUCUGAGUGUUGAGCCGCCGCCUGAGGGGCCGGGCAGCCCCCUGCGCUCCGGCCUAACGCUCAUGCUACACUGCGUCGCCGAAGGACACCCCACGCCCCGCCUGCAAUGGCAACUUCAGAUCCCGGGGGGCACCGUAGUGUUAGUGCCGCCGAUCCUGAGCGGGGAGGACGACGGGGACGGGGCGGAAGACGGGGAGGAGGAAGGAGAUGGGGACGGGCCAACGCAGACAGAGGCUCCAACCCCGACUCCAGCACCCGCUUGGCCCGCGCCCCCAGCUACCCCGCGCUUCCUGGCCCUUACAAACGGCUCCCUGUUGGUGCCCCUCCUGAGUGCCAAGGAGGCAGGCAUCUACACAUGCCGUGCCCACAACGAGCUGGGUGCCAACUCCACGUCAGUUCGCGUGGCAGUGGCAGCUGCAGGGCCCCCAAAGCACGCUCCUGGCGCAGGGGGAGACCCUGAUGGGCAGGCUCCAACCUCGGAGCGUAAGUCCACAGCCAAAACCCGGGGCAACAGUGUCCUACCUUCCAAGCCCGAGGGCAAAAUCAAAAGCCAAGGCCUGGGCCGGGUUAGCGUCCUCGGGGAGACACAGGCGGGGCCGGAGGGGGACGAGGAGGCAGGUGAGGGUGAAGAGGCGGAAGACCAGGUCUCUGCUGACCCGGUGGAGGAGCAACGUUGUGGCCACGGGGACCCCUCGCGGUACGUGUCCAACCACGCGUUCAACCAGAGUGCCGAGCUCAAGCCGCAUGUCUUUGAGCUGGGCGUCAUCGCGCUGGACGUGGCGGAGCGCGAGGCGCGGGUGCAGCUGACACCACUGGCGGCAAGAUGGGGCCCUGGGCCCGGCGCGGCUGCGGCAGCAGGGCGGCCCGGACGGCGGCCAUUGCGCCUGCUCUAUCUGUGCCCGGCGGGGGGUGGCGCAGCAGUGCAGUGGUCGCGUGUAGAGGAGGGCGUCAACGCCUACUGGUUCCGUGGCCUGCGGCCCGGCACCAACUAUUCCGUGUGCCUGGCGCUGGCAGGCGAGGCCUGCCACGUGCAAGUGGUGUUCGCCACCAAGAAAGAGUUGCCCUCUCUGCUGGUUAUCGUGGCCGUGAGCGUGUUCCUCCUGGUGCUGGCCACCGUGCCCCUGCUGGGCGCCGCCUGCUGCCAUCUGCUGGCCAAACACCCGGGCAAGCCCUACCGUCUUAUCCUGAGGCCGCAGGCCCCGGAUCCCAUGGAGAAGCGCAUCGCCGCCGAUUUCGACCCGCGUGCCUCCUACCUCGAGUCCGAGAAAAGCUACCCGGCAGGCGGUGAGGCGGGCGGCGAGGAGCCAGAGGAGACCUCCGGGGAGGGCCUUGACGAAGAAGCAGAGCAGGGGGACCCAGGUGGGGACCUGCAGAGGGAGGAGAGCCUGGCUGCCUGCUCGCUGGUGGAAUCCCAGUCCAAGGCCAACCAAGAGGAGUUCGAGGCGGGCUCCGAGUACAGUGAUCGGCUGCCCCUGGGUGCCGAAGCGGUCAACAUCGCCCAGGAGAUUAACGGCAACUACAGGCAGACAGCGGGCUGA